GUCUAUGUAUUGCACUCUGUCUAUGUAUUGUCCUGUUUGAAAAAUUAAACUCACAUCUCAAUAUUUCACAUAACUUGGAAUGCGAGCAAGCCAACAUUACAUUUCCUCCAUCUACCGAGAGGUGCGUAACCCAGGGCGCAUGGACAAGGUCACGUUCCUCUCCCGCAGGAGACGAACAUAUACAACCAACGCAACUCCUUCACAUCCCAGUGCCGUUUCGUCCCCGUUGUUCCAAGAGGAUGUGGUCUCAGUGCGUGCCAACGACGUCGCCGUUCACCUAGUGCUAAUUCGUUUAUUUUCCACUCGCCGUCUCGUUAUUUGCACAUGCCAGCCCAUUGUUCUGCAGGCUAUCAGGCUGUACUAUUCUAUCAGGGAAUCUUGAUAUAUCGCCCAUUUUCUUCGGCGUGAAGAAAAAUCUGUGUUAAUGCAUCUGCUACUCUGCUGUUUGGAUUUUUCUUCACCCACGAGCUUGGCGGCGAUAAUGGAUUUGAAAAGGCACAUAAUGCUGGCAAUGUGAAUGAACUACGGUCACAUGUGUGCUUCUGUCAGAUAUGUUUUUCGCGUGGAGAAAUUUUAGAAGCUUUGCGCUGAACGAUUUGAGGCUUUUUGAGUCAACAGUUGCCCAUCCUGGAUGAUGCAUGGCGAGUUUAUCUUACGCUGCGAUCUGGAGCUUGGUCUUAAGGUGACCCAUGCGCCUCUACUAUUACCAAUAUCAACAUGUCCCCGGCAUCGGCUGCGACAGCGAGUGAAAGCAGCACUACCACCGUUCCCGAGGAGGACGCGGAGAGCCCCCGUGAGGAGCAGCGACCCGUGAGACAGUCCCUGAGCAAGUCGCUGUGCCGAGAGUCGCACUGGAAAUGCCUGGUGCUGUCGCUGCUCAUGUACGGCUGCGUAGGCGCCAUGGCCUGGUGCCAGGUGACCAAGGUGACGCGGCUCUCCUUCGACAGCGCCUACAAGGGCAAGUCCAUGAUGUACCACGACAGCCCCUGCUCCAACGGCUACAUCUACAUCCCGCUGGCCUUCCUGGUCAUGCUCUACGUGGUCCACCUGGUGGAGUGCUGGCACUGCUACAGCCGCAACGAGCUGCAGCUCAAGGUGGACGUGGACAGCGUGUCGGAGCGCAUCCAGCGCAUGCAGCAGGCGACACCCUGCAUCUGGUGGAAGGCCAUCAGCUACCACUACGUGCGACGCACGCGGCAGGUGACGCGCUACCGCAACGGCGACGCGUACACCACCACGCAGGUGUACCACGAGCGGGUCAACACGCACGUGGCCGAGGCGGAGUUUGACUACGGGAACUGCGGGGUGAAGGACAUCUCCAAGCAGCUGAUGGGCCUGGAAGGGUUCCCCGUCACACGGCUGCGCUUCACCAAGUGCUUCAGCUUCGCCAACGUGGAGUCGGAGAACUCGUACCUGACGCAGCGCGCGCGCUUCUUCACGGAGAACGAAGGGCUGGACGACUACAUGGAGGCUCGCGAGGGCAUGCACCUGAAGAAUGUCGACUUCAAGGAGUACGUGAUCGCCUUCUCUGACCCGGAGCGGCUGCCCUGGUACGCGUCGCACGGCGUCUUCUGGGCGGCGGCGGCCCUCACGUUUUCGUGGCCGUUGCGUGUGCUCACGGAGUAUCACACGGCGUGCGUGCACUACCACGUCGAGAAGCUGUUCGGCUUCGACUACGUGCCCGUCACGCCGUGCGAGGAGCGGCCCUUCUGCCGCCGCAUCCCGCGCGUCAACACCAUCGACAGCACGGAGCUGGAGUGGCACAUCCGCUCCAACCAGCAGCUGGUGCCCAGCUACUCCGAGGCCGUGCUCAUGGACCUGGCGCUGGGCAGCGGUGGCAACAACACCUACUCUUCGUGCGGUGUGGCGGGCGCCGUGGGGGUCGGGGGCUUCGGCGGCUACCGGCAGAACUGCGAGCGCUGCCACCGCGCCAUCAGCAGCUCGUCCAUCUUCUCGCGGAGCGCGCUCAGCAUCUGCGCCGGCGGCAGCCCGCGGCUGCCCUUCAGCGCCAGCCGCUUCUCGCUGGGACGCCUGUACGGCUCGCGCCGCAGCUGCCUCUGGAGGAGUCACAGCGGCGGCAGCCUCACCGAGCCCGGCUGCCCCACCGAGAGCACGCGGUGCCUGGCCGGCCCGACGCCCUCUUCCGCCGCCACCGCCACCGCCACCACCGCCCCCGCCGAUGACACCCAGCAGCAGACGCCGGCCCCACCGCCUUACCAGGACGCCCUCUAUUUCCCCGUGCUCAUUGUCCACCGCAACGAGGGCUGCCUCAACCACGACCACCGCUCUCUGCACCGCAACGGCUCCUGCGUGGAGACGUCCUUAUGACGCCACCCUCCCCCAUUGUACCGUAUCGCUCCUCAUAACAUGCAGACAUGCUGAGGGAGGGUGAACAAUGGAGGAGGUGUUUGGAAGAAUGUAGAAGAGGAAGAAGGAAUGAGGAAGAGGAUGCGUCUAACAGAGGAAUGUUCACUUGCUCUACACAGGUACGCUGCUCUGGGGAUUACUUCCUGGUUGAGGUUUCCUGCAGUCACUCUCUCCAUCUAGAGGUUCUGUCCAGUUACAUGUCAAGGGAUGAAAUGAAUGAUGGUGAACUUCCAAGUAUUACGAUAUAUUCAGCCUACGUAUUUGAUUGGAAGGAGCAGCUUAUCAGCUUCAGCUUUUAGAAGCUGUCAUUUGUCAGAUAAUACAGAAGUGAACAUUCACAAAAGGAGCGAAGCACAUUCCUCUUUCAAAACCAAUGUUUUGGUUUUCACUCACUCAAUUUGAAAUGUGUGUUUUUCUACAUUCUCUCAAUGUGGAUUUGUCAAGACAGGGAUUUAAGUCAUUCCAGCCAUAUACUGUGGAAUUUCAUGAAAUGCAACAUAAAAAAAAUAGGCAGUGCUUACUGGACCUGAUUAGGAACUGUGAUAUAUGUUUCUUAUAAAACAUAUAAUGAAAGGACUUAAGGUACUGACCGAAAAUUCACCACACAGCAUCAGUCAUUCUUAUGUUACAGAAGCACUGUUAGAUGUGGGUCACGUAGACUUUUUUAGAUACAGGAAUGAAUAAACAUGACAUUUCACACAGAUGAAUAUUACAUGAAUGGCAUUCAGUCCCAGGAACUGCAAGUUAAACCAGAUGGAAGCUGUGUUUGUGGCAUUUUGUUCGUUUUUCUCUAAAGUGGGAGAGUAUCAUAUACUGUAGGCUGUUGUACAUUUUGUUAGGUCUCAGUUAGGUGCAUGUAAGAGGUCAAUUAAGUUAAUAUUAUUAUUAAUAUUAUUGUUAUUAUUAUAUGAAUUAUUUUAAAAGUGUCAUUUAACUAUGGAUUUAAGGUUGUUAAAAACAGAAUAACAUAAUGUUAUGACAUUUGUCCUCAUCAUUAGACAUAAUUGUGUCAACGAUCAAUUAUCCAAUAGAAAGGAGGCCGGUGUGCCCAAUGAUUUGAAACAGGCUAAAUGAUACGUCCGCAGUUUAUAGGUAGAAUUCUGUGUAUUGCAGCAACUUCCAGAAAGUGACGCAUAGUAAUGAUAAUAAUGAUGAUAACAUAUGGUAUUUUCACAUACUCACACGUAAUGCUGUAAAUCUGCAAACAGUGCACAAUAUACUUUCCACUUCUUUCUCUCUCUCUGUAAGACAUACUCUUAUGUGUCAUUUUGGUUUCAUAGAACUACCUCUUUUUAGAGAAUCUUUUAAGUGCCUGAUGCUCAUGAGUCAUGUAGCCUCAAAAUGCUCUCAUCCUUACCGCUCUGUGACUGAGGUCAGCUAGGAUUUAUUUUUUUAUUUUUUAUUGAGACAAGGUGUGUUACAAGUACUGAUCCACAGACCAAGUAAUCAAUGAAUGAAGAGUGUGUUUAGAGAUGAAGAGUGUGUUUAGAGAUGAAGAGCGUGUUUAGAGAUGUACGUAUGUUAAAGAGUACUGAUCCACAGACCAAGUAAUCAAUGAAUGAAGAGUGUGUUUAGAGAUGAAGAGUGUGUUUAGAGAUGAAGAGCGUGUUUAGAGAUGUACGUAUGUUACAAGUACUGAUCCAUGGGCCGGGUUAUAAAUGAAUGAAGAGUGUGUUUAGAGAUGUCGCACGCCAUCUGCUUCACACAAAAACACAAGCGGGGUGGGGAUGCUCAUGUUCUAAUGAAAAUAAUUCAGCUCUCCUCACAGACCUGAAAAGACAAGCGAAAAUGGAGGGCUAACUAGCUGCCAGAGCAGUUUCUGUGGACAGUCAAGGGCGACAUGUGCUGGUGUCAGGGAGCAGUUAUCUUAGGUUCAGUUCCAGUUGUAAAAAUGUGAUGUGCCACAAUGAAUCAUUGCCCACCAUAAAAUGAAUGUAAAAUCAACAUUGCAGGAAAAUUAGACAUUGAUAUCGCGUCAUGAGUAGACAGAUCCAGUUUGGAGGGGAAAAAAAUACUGCUGUUGUGCCACAAUUAACCAAGGAUCACCAUAAGACAAGUGUAAAAUUAUAAUUCCAGGAAAAUGAGACAUAAAAGUCAUAAAACAUAAAAGUCCCUUUUACAGAAUCCCUCUCUGCCCGGAAUUAUAGAGAGGCGUUCGUUAUUACAGCCAAGACCUCAUCCAGGCAGGCAAACACAGACGACAAAAGAGCCAGAUAACAAACCUGACACCCUGCUGCCGUGCGGACAUCUGACGAGGAAAGAGAGGGGGUAGAGCGAGGAAGAGAGGGGGUAGAGCGAGGAAGGAGAGGUAUCCUGAUGAAAGUGGAAGACAGAGAAAGAGAGAGUCCUCGGUCAAAAAUAGUUCACGUUCAUCUUUAGGGCUGCAGGCUUCAAGUUCAUUUUGGAGGCCUAGAUGCUCAUUUUAGAUAUAGAGAGAGGGAUCAGAGAAAAAGAGGGAGAGAUAGAGAGAGAGAGAAAAGAGAGAGAAUGCUGUGUCAAGGCUGCCGCAGUUCAGUUUAAUGUAUUUUUUAAACAGAUUGGUUUAAAUGUGCACAAUAGCAGUGAUGAUAGCAAAGAACCCAUUUCAAUAUCAGAACACUGACAAAUAAUGACAGCGCCAUAGUCUGUCCUCAUUUGGAUUCGACAAUACAGUGAAGCCUCACCUUAUAGCUAAUGCAUUUGUGACAGGUAUUUGUCUGCAUAGAAAUGUAGGGUUAUUCUUCUCUGGGUUUUCCCCGACCACCUUCACUUCUCUAACCACAGGACCCAAUCAUCAGCGGCCUAUAGGCUGUCGUGAAUGAGUACUGUAUGUGCAUAUAUAGAGGAAACAGGCCAUGACCUGGGGACUUCCUAUAAAUGCUCCAUUGGAUGUAAGCGCACAGGAAGUCAUCUUUGGCCCAAAGACUUCACAGAACUACAGCGCGACAGACAGCACAUAUUAAUCCAGCAACUGGCCUGAAAUCAGCUGACCAGUAGGCUCACAGCCUCCUGUGUCUAAGCUCUUUUAAAACACAGGUGUGUGUGUGUGUGUGUGUGUGUGUGGCAGUACGCUCUCGAUAUAUAUAUCUUUAUAUCUGUGCUAUCUGUUUGAGCGUGACCUUCAGUUCCGAGAAGCUGACUGCUUUUGCCUUCCAUCAGCACUACCCUCCAUUUUUAUGACCUCACUCCCUUGAUAGACUCCAUAUCACAAGGAUGCAGGUUGAGCUGAGGGUAUAAAGAUUUUUGAAUGAUAGGGUGACCAUGCCCUACGGGAUAUGAAGGUCAACAACGUAGUAGUAUAUAACUGGUCUGCUAUAUAUUACAAAUAUGUGACGUAUGGGAUUCCCCACUCACUAUACCUCUUACCUUACCUAACCAUUUAUUUUCUUAUCCGUAGUACCUUUAUAUUUUAACAAACAAAAACGGCAUUUUCAAGCUACCAAAAAACAACACACUCAGAGAAUAUAGCAGUCAAGAUGUCUGCCUGUGUUGAGGCAGAAAUAUUCUCUUCUGCGUUAUCACGUACCUCCCCCAUGGAUUUGCAGCUAUGCAACACUCCAAGCACUUGCUGUCAGGCCGUACCGCUCUUUCUUUCUCUUUCUCUUUCUCUUUCUUCCUUCAUCAUUUCUCUGGUCAGUAUCAUCAGAGUCUUAUGUGUCCAAUCUGGUCGAAGAGGGAUGGAUUAUGCUUAGAUGCCUCAUGUCUUGAGAGUGUGGGUUGUCCUGAAGUCCUCUGCACAUGUUAAGCAUGUUUCCUUGUGAUGUGUAAAUUGCAGCUAUUAAGGCUUUGGUGUUUUACAAAGGGGGAAUUGUCUAUCGUAAUGAGUCCUUCAUCAGGAGGAUUUUUUCCAAUGUCUUAAUUCUUAAUUACCACUCUCAGAGGUAUUCUAUAGAAUUAUUAUUAAUAGAGCACACAAAUUUCUUCACCAGUUAUAUCAAACCUCCAGAUCCCAGGCAGACCAAUGGUUCGCUUCACGGUCCUACCCAGCCUAGUCCUUGUUUAUUUCAUCGCAUUUUUAUUUGGAACAGUUGAUAUGCCACGUUUACAAUUCUAUUCUCUGUGGUUUCUUCUGAGGUAGCUGUUCAGGCGUGAGGUGAAUGUGUUUGUGUUUGUUUUACAAGACCAGGAAAAAAAAACAGAACAGAGUUGAGGUGAGGUGAGAUUAAUCUAUUUUUGACUGUUAACAUCAAACCCUUUAUCACGUGACAAGAUGUCAUUUUCUUCUGUUUCACACCUUGCAUUCUUGGGAGAAUUCUCUUUUUUAUCAGGUGUUGUAUACCAUUUUGAGGCAUUAAAGGAUAGGUGAGUUUUGAUACUGUACAUAGAACUGAGGUGUGAGGAAUAUCUGUGUGGUCUCUCGUGUUUAGUUGAAUGUGCCACGUUUAAACAGCACAUCAUUUUUUUUUUUUUAAAUAAAAGUGUUUUAGUUUGGUAAAAAGCUAAAUUAUGAGAACUUGUGAUUGGAGAAUAGACCACAUGUGUGUGUGUAUAUACAAUGAAUAAACCAUUUAAUACAGCCUAAUGAUCUCCUUGAAAAAAGGAGAAAAAAUUUGACAACUGACAGUAGCUGUGCGUGUUUGUAUGCUGUAUAUUGAAACAGGUCAUGAAGCCUAAAACAUCUGAUGCUGUUUAGGGUCAAAAUAUUCAGCUGAUAAAAAAUGCACUUUUUUAUUUUACCAUCAACAUUAUGAUUCUGUGAUGUUCUUAGCUUGAUGUCUGUUUCUCUGGGCAUGACAGAACCGGUGCAGCGUGAAUGAAGACAUGCUCUUUUUUUAAUACACACGGACACUAUGUAAUAAUUUCAAAGUCAAUUGUAAUGGCAUGUGAACCAUUCAGGAUUUCAUUGUGUCAACAUCAAUUAGCUUAAAAAAAAUGGGGGUGUGGACACGCCAUUAUUUCCUUUUUUUGGAGCCAUGUUUUUGUACUUCCUUAAUCUGAAGUUGCUCAAAUGUAGCCAUUCCUGGCAGCAUCACCAACAAUCAGGUGAAACAAUAGAGACAUUUUUUACUAGAUUAACUCUUUCACUGGUAGGUGUUCAUGGAUUGCUCAAUAAUAAAUGUGUUGGAAUAAAAAUGACAAGUCUGUAUGUACAGUAUGUAUGUCAACACUUUCAACACAAUGUUGCCUUUGCCGUCUGUUACAUAUAUACCGGUAAAACAACUUCUUAAACCAAAUCUUAAAAUCAAAUUCAAGUCACAUAUGGAAAACCUAAUAAAGAAGUCUGUGUCUUUACGGGAGAAUGAAGUUUACAAUAAAUGUUGCUCUCUGUU